GCUGAUUUUCUUGGUUCCGGUACGGUAAAUGGAUCCUUCUGCUAUCUGGUGACCUCCAGUGACAUGGUGAUCUUCAGUGUGACCUGGUGACCUCCAGUGUGACCUACUGACCUCUAUGGUGAUCUGAUAUUUACUAUGCCAUUGUGACCACUAGUGUGAUCUGGAGACUUCUUCCGCGACUUAGCGAUCACUUCUGGAACGAAGAUGUGGAGGCUUGCAGCCAUGAUCAUCUUGGCAUCACUCGUAGUCAGCGUGGAGAUUAAAAGAAUACCAGUGGUGGCAGUGACGGGGGUGGUUGGAGGGUCGGCGGCACUGCCCUGUGAAGUGGCACACCCUCAAGAUGAUGCCAUCUUCCUCCUGUUGUGGUUCAGAGAACCUCUCACCACACCUAUUUACAGGUUGGAUGAGAGGUCUGACCAGGAGACCCACUGGUCUGAUGAGGAGACGGUGGGGUCUAGGGUCGCCCUGGAAGUGAGCGAAAUGUCUGCAGUGUUAAGGAUCACCUCACUCCUGCCAGGGGACGGGGCUCUUUACACCUGCAGGGUAGACUUCAGACUCCAGCCUACCAGGACUACCAGAGUCAACCUCACUGUUGUUGUGCCGCCAGCUGGAGUCACAGUCCUGGAAGAAGCACCAGCAGGUUUCCAAUACGACCCCAGCAGCGCCUCCGCCAGCAGUAUACUGGGACCUUACCAGGAAGGCGACACUGUAAGACUUACUUGUGUCUCCCAAGGAGGUAAACCUCGACCCUCUGUGUUGUGGUAUGAGGGUGCUCGUCUCCUGGAUGCCAUCAUGGAAUCUGAAUCUGCUGGAAAUUUCGAGAGAGUUUCCCAUGGGAUGAGUCAACCAGCCUCAUCCCCGAAACCAUUAAUGAUGCCUUCGAUGCUCUUGGGAGGACAACAUCCUCACGAACUGCUUCCGUUACGGCCCCUGCCCCUUGCUGCGCUGCCAAAUUUAAGAGGAAAGCCCAUAUUUCUUACCCAUGGAAGAGAGUCUGUCAGCAGUCUGGACCACUCAGCAUCGAUGCAAGGACAAAGAAGACCACGCGGCAAGCUUAUACAGGGACCUCAAAGACCUAUGUCGGAAAUCAGAAGACAGUCUUAUGGGACUCAUAAUCUGGGUUCUUCGAUGUCUCCUUCGGCUUCUGUAGGUGAUGCCUUCAAUACCGUCACUUUGGGACCACCGGUCUUUGGAGGGAACCCGUUCAAUACCCUCAUACUGGGGCCCCUCAACCGCAGUCACCUCCUCCUCGAACUGACUUGCGAAGCUUCCAACACGAACCUGACUAAGCCAGUUACAGCAGUCGUCACCCUAGACAUGAACCUACCGCCAGUAAGUGUCCAGAUACGACGACCUGGUGACCAGCCGCUGAGGGAGAGCGAAACGUAUGAGGUAACCUGUGUGGUCGUCGGUGCACGACCCCCGCCAACCAUCACCUGGUGGAGCGGCUACCAACGACUCAUCCAGGUUCCCGACGCGAGCUCGGGAGUAGAGAAUAUUAGCACCAGCAGUGUUGUCUUCACGCCUCGACCUCAAGACCAUGGCUCCGUUCUUCGCUGUGUUGCUGAGACGCGCACACCACCAACCAUCUUAGAAGACGCCUGGCCCCUAGUUGUUCACUAUCGACCUAAGGCCACCUGCAGCUUCGGAGCGUCUCUCGACUCAAACAACAUCAAGGAAGGAGAUGAUGUAUACUUCGAGUGUUUCAUUGAGGCUAACCCCAGGAGCACCCGUGUCUCCUGGAGUCAUGAUGAGGUGAGGCUGGUCCAUAACGUUACAGCGGGCGUGAUCGUCAGCAACCAGAGCCUGGUGUUACAGCGGGUGGACAGGACGCAGACGGGGAGCUACGCAUGUCACGCUCACAACACCGUGGGUGACGCAACAUCCAACACUCUCACUCUUGAUGUUAAAUACGCACCUAUGUGCAGGGCUGGUCAGCCCAGCACCUACGUGGUCAGCCGCUACCAGGACGCAGAAGUAAGAUGUACAGUGGACGCCAACCCAGCACAUGAGUCGUUCCAGUGGAGGUUCAACAACACGGCUGACACCAUCGACGUCCCCCACGGCAGGUUCACUUCGUCAGGUGAACACAGCAUCAUCACCUACACGCCCAUGACCUCCCUGGACUACGGCACGCUUCUCUGCUGGGCCACCAAUCAGAUUGGUACCCAGAGGAACCCUUGUGUUUUCCAUAUUCUUCCUGCUGGUAAGCCAGAGUCCCCAACUAACUGCACUGCCUGGGGAGGAGGGAAGACCUGGGUGAGGCUGAAAUGUGUAGCAGGAGUAAGCGGAGGCCUGAACCAGCACUUCCUGCUGUGGGCCAGCCUUCUGGACGGUCCACAGCACCACCACAUCAACCUCACCACAGCCACAGCUCAAGACUUCUCUCUCCCGAGCUUUCUGGUGGAAGGACUGAGGGAAGCGGGGAAGUACCAGGUGGUGAUCACAGCUGUCAACGACAGGGGCUUACGGAGCGAAACACGUUUCACCAUCUCCAGCCUGGGCACCAAUGGUUCAGUCUACCAGCUUCAUGACGGUCCUUUGGAAGCGGAAGUCCGCGACGGAGGACAAACGGUAAUCGGCGCGGGAGACGCUGCCGAAGGAACCGAGGACUUCGAGUCUGAAAGCAAAUCAUUCUUGGAGAUGCUGACUCGAAGUCCAUCCACUGCGCUACUCCUCCUCGUCUUGGGCUGCGGAUUUCUCCUCCUGAUGGCCAUCCUCCUGCUGCUCCUGCUGGGGAUUAUGACCUACAGGAGGAGGAGGAGGAGAUCGUCAGACUCCGACCCAGCCCCACUGGAUGACAGCCACGACGAUACGUUGGAAGGGUCGUGUGGAACCAGAGAGUCAUCGGUGUGUGUUGUCGUUCCGACUUCGCUAGUGACGAAAGAACACGAUACUAAAUGCACUGAAAGGGCUUUGCAGGUAAAGACUGAGAACGAUGUGGAGCCCGAUGUUAUACCUCUGAGGGAGUCUUGUAGAGGGUGUGAAAGAGAGGCAGUGAUGCAACCAACCACUACACCCAAGCUCUCUCACCAGUACUGGGAGACACAGAGGGAAAUAAAGCUGCCAGUACCCACCACCCCCCAGUUUCCACACCAGUAUCUUGGGUGUGAGAGGGACGAGAGGCUUCCAGUACCCACCACCCCUCAGUUUUCACACCAGUAUCAUGGGUGUGAGAGCGAGGAAAGGCUUCUAGUACCCACCACCCCCAAGUUUCCACACCAGUAUCGUGGGUGUGAGAGCGAGGACAGGCUUCCAGUACCCACCACCCCCAAGUUUCCACACCAGUAUCGUGGGUGUGAGAGCGAGGAGAGGCUUCCAGGACCCACCACCCCUCAGCUUCCACACCAGUAUCGUGGGUGUGAGAGCGGGGAGAGGCUUCCAGUACCCACCACCCCUCAGCUUCCACACCAGUAUCGUGGGUGUGAGAGCGGGGAGAGGCUUCCAGUACCCACCACCCCCCAGUUCCCGCUCCACUACCAUCGAUAUGAGAGGGAAGCGAAUUUUCCAGCACACACCACGUCGUCCCAGUUGCCACACCAGUACCGGGAGUGCCACGAAGUAGCUGCAAUUAGACAUCUCCAUCAGUGCCAGCCUUCUCCUGGCACUGCCUACCUCCCUACCGCCAGUCCACCAGAGUCUGACUACACCACUGACCAGAGUCCACCAGAGUCUGACUACACCACUGACCAGAGUCUGACUACACCACUGACCAGAGUCCACCAAAGUCUGACCACACCACUGACCAGAGCCCACCAGAAUCUGACUACACCACUGACCAGAGUCCACCAAAGUCUGACCACACCACUGACCAGAGUCCACCAGAGUCUGACUACACCACUGACCAGAGUCCACCAGAGUCUGACCACACCACUGACCAGAGCCCACCAGUCUGACUGCACCACUGACCAGAGUCCACCAGAUUCUGAACACACCACUGACCAGAGUCCACCAGAGUCUGAACACACCACUGACCAGAGUCCACCAGAGUCUGAACACACCCUGACCAGAGUCCACCAAAUCAACAAACUUCAAUACGUGGUCCCCGAGAUCAACAAACUUCAAUACGUGGUCCCCAAGAUCAACAAACUUCAAUACGUGGUCCCCAAGAUCAACAAACUUCAAUACGUGGUCCCCAAAAUCAACAAACUUCAAUACGUAGUUCCCAAAAUCAACAAACUUCAAUACGUGGUCCCCGAGAUCAACAAACUUCAAUACGUGGUCCCCAAAAUCAACAAACUUCAAUACGUGGUCCCCAAGAUCAACAAACUUCAAUACGUAGUUCCCAAGAUCAACAAACUUCAAUACGUGGUCCCCGAGAUCAACAAACUUCAAUACGUGGUCCCCAAAAUCAACAAACUUCAAUACGUGGUCCCCAAGAUCAACAAACUUCAAUACGUUGUCCCCGAGAUCAACAAACUUCAAUACGUGGUCCCCGAGAUCAACAAACUUCAAUACGUGGUCCCCGAGAUCAACAAACUUCAAUACGUGGUCCCCGAGAUCAACAAACUUCAAUACGUGGUCCCCGAGAUCAACAAACUUCAAUACGUAGUUCCCAAAAUCAACAAACUUCAAUACGUGGUCCCCAAGAUCAACAAACUUCAAUACGUGGUCCCCGAGAUCAACAAACUUCAAUACGUGGUCCCCGAGAUCAACAAACUUCAAUACCUUCUGUGUCGUGUGGUCCUGUGUCUGGCGUUCGUGAGUAGCAGAAGUGGUGGAAAGGCACACGAAAGACUUAACAACGAUGCUUCUCUCGUGGAAACUAGUCUUGGAUCGGGUUUACAGGGGGCAACGACUCCCUGGAAUCGUGUACUGGUACACAACUGUAAAGUAAGACCUAUGUCUUACUUUAGUAAUACAACCAGCCACAGACUCACCGGUGACUUCGCUACGGCUCUGGCCUCGCCACCAGAGACUCGACCUUAUCGGCUCUGGCCUCGCCACCAGAGACUCGACCUUAUCGGCUCUGGCCUCGCCACCAGAGACUCGACCUUAUCGGCUCUGGCCUCGCCACCAGAGACUCGACCUUAUCGGCUCUGGCCUCUCCACCAGAGACUCGACCUCAUCGGCUCUGGCCUCGUCACCAGAGACUCGACCUCAUAG